AUGAUUCUCUACGUUCCGUUCAAUUACUGCUUUUCUCUCAUUAUCAAGUCCUAUCAGACAAGGCAAAUGCAAAUGAAGGACAAUCGAGUCAAGUUCACAAAAGAGGUUCUACAUGGCAUUACUGUUGUGAAAAUGUAUGCAUGGGAGGAGGCGUUCGAGAAGGAAAUUCGCCGUCUCCGAACCGAAGAAGUGAAAAUGCUGAAGAAAGCUACUCUGCUUACACGCGUACUCCAAGCAGUGAACGCCGCUGCUCCAUUUCUGGUAGCCAUUGCAUGUUUCUCGUGGUUUGUGCUUUCUUCAUCGGACAAUAUCCUCAAUCCAUCAGUUGCAUUCGUCACGUUAACAAUAUUUAACCAACUUCGCCGUCCCAUGUCUGUCAUCGCCCCUGCUGUUCAAUUCAUUUCGAAGGCGAUCGUCUGUAGUAAACGAAUCAAUGACUUCUUGCGAGCUGACGAGCUUGUUCGACAAAGAGAGAGCGCGAAUGACGAAGAGCCUUCUAUUUUGCUAGACAACUGCUUCUUCUCAUGGGGCAAAGAAAAAGAGCAUCUCAAAGAUAUCACUUUGGAUGUACAGAAGGGAGAACUCCACGCGAUUGUUGGAUCGUUUGGCAGCGGAAAGUCUUCACUAUUAUCUGCAAUCCUCGGUGAAAUGACUCAGCUAGAUGGUGUAAGAAAGGUUUGCGGCUCGGUCGCUUAUGUGCCACAGACGCCAUGGAUACUCAAUCAUACGAUGCGGGGCAACAUCCUUUACGGCAUGGAUUACGAUAGGAACAGAUACGACAAG